UAGGCGGGUCAAAUUCUUUGGGAGGUUUGGUGGUUGGAGCGCAGACAGGGGGCGAAGUUGUUGGUCGUCUAACUGGCGGACGAAGAAGUUUCUUUCUCAAAACUUGGCGUAGUUCAAACAAAACCAGUAUGACUUCGACGAACAUGUUCCAGGGAUUGGAUACCGGUGGAAAACCAAGUUCAAGGGUGCUGCGGCCUCCUGGUGGGGGCUCUAGUAACCUCUUUGGUGGCUAUGAAGAGGAUAAUGCUCAGUCAGGGCGACCUAAUAAGAUGGCUUCUAAAGUUUUUGCCCCGCCUGAAGAGCCCCAGAAUGUAUCUAGACGCACCAAUCCUCCAGGUGGGAAGAGUAGUGGGAUAUUUGGAGAACCCGAAGCACCAGCUCAGCCACAGAGGUCCGCACCUCCCUAUGGAGCAACCAGCAACAUAUUUGGGUCUGCAGAAAGCACACCUGUACAAAGCUCAAGCCGAAGCCACCCAAACAAGCCAAAGGACAAUCUAAGUGUGGGACCUGAGCCUGAGUCACCAGCACCUGAAGCCAAAGUCAGCCAGCCAGAAGUGAAAGAGGAGAUUGCCUCCCCGGCUCCUGCUCCUGCUCCUGCUAAGGAAGAGCCUCCAGUCAUCUCAGCCAGUCCAGAGCCUAAGCCUGCUGCACCACUUCCUGACGAGACAUCGCUCAAAAAGCAUGAGCCUCACCUGGGACCUAAGCCUCGCUCUCACAACAGGGUCCUCAACCCACCUGGAGGAAAGUCCAGUGUGGUUUUCUACUGAUGGUCUGAGCGCACCACUUCUCUCAGUGUUUGCUUUCUUUGCUUAUCUCAUUCCUGUUCUCCUCUCCCGAUGGUUAUUUCAUCAUUACCUGUACAAUGCAAGGCAUGCCUGAGGAUUUUCUUUCUGUUGCUGGUGGUGUGCUCCACAUGCAAUUUAGAAUUUGUGAUUUCAACUUCUUUGCACUUUUCACACUGAGUCCUGUAUUUUUUUUUUUUUGGUUCAUCAAUCUGCCUCAAACUGAAUCCUGCUAUGAUACAAUCACUCACAGUCAGCUUGCUAGGUAUUUCACUAUGACUGUAUGAUGAUCAAACUUAGCUGUGCGGUUACUUGUUGGUUUUCAUUUUGUGAACUGGAUAAAGGCUAGAUCUCCAAAAUUAGAUUUAAAGGCCUAAAAUUGAUGUGUGAAUCUGUUCAUCAGUUGUAUGUUGUAAAAAAAAAAAAUCAACUUUCUCUUGAUAUCUUUGACCUCUUUAUCCUUACGGUUUCAGCGUUCAACCUGCAUGACUGUUUAAUUAGAUGCCUUAUAAAAAAAAUUCUUUGCCUUAAUAUUUCUUUAACAAGUAGG